AUGGCGCACAAUUGUUGCUUCCAAGCAAUACACGGAAACGAUAAUCUGCCCUCCAGGAGAUAUCUGCCAAAUAAUCAGCUGCAUCAUGUGCGCAGAGCUUAUCGGAAAUCCUCACUGUGCCCGGAAAUGGUUUCAGGGAUGUUAGCAUUGUUCCUAGUGCUCGUCGUCUCUCCCAUAGCGUUCUUAUGCUACCUCACUGUACGGCACGGCAUCAAAAGAGGUAACCGUACGAAGCGGGACUAUCAUAUGAUCAAGCCUAUCAGUAGUUGCGGCAAAGCUCCGAAAAUGAUUCGUAUUCACCGUCAUGGUUGCUACACACAUACACUCAACGCAAACAACACGGUUUGCUCUCGUUCACUCAACAAAACCGACUGCCGAGAAACACAAGAAAGUGCCAUAACGCUGAGCGAAAAUAGACCUCAAGCCUGCUUUCGCCUUAGAAACAGGAACCUACGUUGGGGGCAUGGGAAGCUUACGCCAUACAAAUGUUUUCUUGUACGUGCCCAUCCAGUUGCUUGCUUUUCUACCGAGACGAGACGUCGACAUAAUCCACCAGAGUCCGUAAAGCGCAUGCCAUCUAGCACGGGGCUCCUGCCACAUCACAAACCUGCUCACACCACUCAGCAGUUAGCAUCGGGAGGUCGGAACUACGAAAACACGUCGACUUUUCCUGGAAUUACGCGAUGCACGACAUCUUGUGGAGGGCUCGGAUGCGGCUGCCUUCUUCCAACUCCAGGAUGCUUAUUUUCUCGCACUUACGCGAAGCCGAGGAAUAACAAGAUUUACCAAGUAUUCCACUGCCCCACAUGGCAAGAAUCGGCUUUGAUGACGUUCACCUAUACUGGAGCUCAAGGAAACGCAGGGCUCCGACACGUUCAGGAUCAACACACAGACAACGCAUGUAAUGCAGAAUGCCAACGUGACGCUGGAAUUCGUAACAACGCCAGCAAUACCUUUGUUGGACACGUUGUUCAUAGGGAUGAAGUCGCUCUUAUCGAGAAAGAUGAUUUCAUUGCUUUACGGUGUCCAACGAUGAGAACUGCCUCCAAUAUAACGGAAUGCUACGUGGAAGACCGAUGCUCUUGCUCACCAUCGGAGACGGAAGCGAAAUGCGACUGCAGAAGUCUUGACGUCAUCACCAAGAUGACUUCCAUAGACAGCCGGCUUCCACUAUCGUCCUCAGUACUGCAUCUUCAAGAUGAUCAUGGACUUGUUUUCGGAGCCGUACAUAGUGCCGUCAUCGAUGUCACGAUAAGCACCUCAGCGCUUUAUCACGCAGACUCUACAAUUGCCUAUAGCGCAUGCACCAGAAAGUUUCUUGGCAACAGCAGCCCGAAAUUCUUUUGCGCUUAUGGCGCAGUUGACACCAGCCUGCCUCGCAUUGAAAAUAACUUCCGUCAAGCCAUCCUGAAAGGGUAG